AUGGCUGCCGCCGGCCCUGGAGAAGGGCUUUUGACACAGCCGGCGGCAGCCCGCCCUAAGUCACGGUCAAUUUUGCCAUGUCAAGCAGCUCCCAAUGGAGAGAAGCCUAAGAAGUGUCUGGUCUAUCCUCAUCCCCCGAAGAGCUCCCGCUUGUCUCGGUCGGUUCUGCGCUGGCUCCAGAGCCUCGACCUCACCUUCUUCCCCAGGAACAUCAGCAGAGAUUUUUCAAAUGGCUUCCUGAUAGCAGAAAUAUUCACUACAUAUUACCCCUGGGACCUUAAGCUGUCAUCCUUUAAAAAUGGAACUUCUUUAAAAGUCAAGUUGGAUAACUGGGCACAGUUGGAAAAGUUCCUGGCAAGAAAAAAACUUAAAUUACCUAAAGAACUAAUCCAUGGAACAAUUCACUGUAAAGCCGGAGUACCUGAAAUACUGAUACAGGAGGUGUACACCUUGUUAACACAUCAAGAAAUUAAAAGUAUCCAGGAUGACCUCGUGAAUUUCACAGACUACAGUUACCAGAUGCAGUUGCCCCUGGUCCCUAGGUCGACAGCUUCAAAGUCUAUUAAAGAUAACAUUAGGCUAUCAGAACUAAUAGGCAAUCCCAACAAACUUAACAAUGAACUUAAAGUAGAGUUCCUCUUCCUUUUACAAAUGUUGCAAAGGAAAUUGAGCAGAAAACUGAAUCCAAAAUGGUUUGCAGUCAAACCAACAGUGGGAGAAUCUACUCUCGAUCACCAUCCUGCCAAAGCCUUUGGGAACAAAAGCAAUUCAGUCAUUUCAAAGGCAAAAGCCGCUCCUGUGUGUUGUGCUGCGAGCAUGAGUACAUUGAGGGCUAAGAACCCGUCCAAACGAGGGGAACCCCCAAGCCAGGGUGCCCCCACUUUCUUCUAUAUGAGCCAUCCCAAUACUGAUUUCUGCUUAAAAAAGAAACUUUCAAGAGUCACAGGUAAUAGUGUCAGUCUACCUAAAGAAAUUGAGGUGAAGCAAACUGGAACACAUUUUGACUCAAUGAAGCCUACCAUAAAUGUGGAAAAGGAACCCGAAGAAGCACCUAUCUAA